UAUCUUCCCAGAGACCAGCUACGACCCACACACUAUUGGAAACUUCAACGAGCGACCGAUGGCACAGAUCUAGUAGGUAUGUGGUGAAUAUUCCUUCCUCUCCUCUUUUGUCUUCUAUUUUUCAGUCCAGUCUUGGUAAAACAUCUGGUUUCAGUGAUCGUGCUCCUGGGUGCCAGCUGCGCAGAACCUAAAUCAUUUGGGGUAUUGGUUUGUCACCCUUACCCUGCCUCUUGGGUCUUAUCUGUUAUGCGUCUUAUCAAGCGGUUAUCGCUUUGCUCCAAAGACAUAUUGCAUUUUGUUCCUAUCUGUAACGGUGUGUGUUUUUUGUAAUUAUGAAGAGGCUAUCUGCAGAGGGGAGGACAGGGUUUUGACACGGAUGGAUUCAACUCCUCUGGUCAGAGCGCGCGCUGUGGUUAAAUUUCUAAUGGAUUAAUACCUUAGGUGGUAAUGCCAAAAAUGUCUUAUCUAUUAGUCUAUAACCAUAAUAUAGUUUUCAUAAUGAGGAUCGAGUAUUGUGUGUUAAGUAACCUAGCCUUUAGCCUGUCUAUCAUUUUGUAUUAUGUUCUCAAAAUAUACGCGAAUACGUUUCAAAAUGAAACCAAGCCCCACAUCAAGGGCUAUGUUGGGUUUGCAUUGCGUAGUUUCCCAUACCGUAAGCUAUGGAAUUGGUAUGAUAUUGUUAUCAUGGUGGAUGACAUGUUUCUUGCAAAUUAAUAGUAUCGCUUGAAAGAUCAUUCAAAUGUAACUCUUUGGACCAAAUCUUUGGGAAUAAUAUUUGAGAUCGUAAUAAGAUUUGAUCACCUCAUCUCAUUGAUCCUUUAUGAUACCAGACAUAGUUACUGUCGAAUUUCAAUUGCACGACGCCCAAGGACCUGUUUAACAAUUUACAAUAUGAUAGACCCUUUUAGCCUACUUGAUCUUGAUAACAACUUAUUCUCUCUCAUUCCCAGGGCAGACAACAUCCUCACGAUUUUCUAGCCCUACGGUGUAUGGAAAGGGAUCCUGGAUGGACCUGGGCGAAAACAGCUGGUCCAUGGUCAAGCAAGAAGUGUCCAGCAGCCCAGGGUCACCGGCUGAACAGAGCUACUUACACGGCGGUCAGGACAGGAGGGACAGUCACGGCCGCGCGCACGACUCGGAGGGACUCAGGUCACCGCCGCCAACCGAUCAACUUGACUUAGUGGGACACCGGCGCGCCGAGGGGCCAGGCAGAUCAUCUCUACACUCCUAUGUUCACUUCGGACACGGACACCAUAACAACAACAACACUGCCCUGCCCACCACCGAGGAUAUCACGCUGUUCACGGAUUUAGACCAGGGCAACAAACUAAUCAUCUCUAGUGGAGCGCACCCACACCACAAGGGGGGCCUUAUAGUCGACCCCAGCGACAUGUAUCAAACACUAGCCAUCGCGGCGGCCCACCAGAGCCAGGCGGGGUACGACUCGCCCUCUGGGGGUUAUAUGCACUCCAACCCCAACUCUCCAGUGUAUGUACCGAGCUCCCGGGUGGGACCCAUGAUAUCCAGCCUCCCUUAUUUGCAAGCCAGCGGGUCGUCUCAGCCCAGCCAUGCGGUCACCAGCCAUUCAGUCUGGUCGCAGUCUACUCCGGAGAGUCCCUCCUACAGCACCGGGAGUCCUCAUACCUCCAACCGUUUCCACUACCCUCCAAGCCCGCCAAUGAACAACGGAGCGCCCAGGGAUAACGUCUACAGUAACCCGCUGAAUGUGGGCAGCCGAGACCAGUACGGCCUCCCACGGCCCCUCAGUGGAUCCUACGCCAGUCCCUACUCCCCGUAUGUUGGACCGCAGCUAUCCCAGUUGUCCUCGCCUUGGCCGGGAGGACCGUUCGAUAACACCAUGCUGCACACAUUGCAAAGCAGAGGUGCGCCCUUGACGAUUCGAGGACCCAAUGGAGGUAGGCUUUCUAUUACAAAAAUAAUCGAAGAAAUCUGCUUAAUAAUAUGGACUUCAAUUAUGUGAUAACUUUAUUUCAUACGUGCUAAUAUGAUAUCUAUCGAAUAGCUGUUGAUUACCAACGUUUAACUCAUGGUACAAUAAUUGAAAUAACCAUUUAAAAAAUGUCAGUUACGAGGGCAUGGGUGUAACAAGUGACGAUAAUUUACGAUUACAAGUGUUUAGUCCUAAGGUCCCAAUAAAUUCAAAUUCAAUUGGUUUAAGGAAAUUAUCGCAGGUAAAAUACAUGUUUUAUUGUAAUGGUAAGACAUGCUAAAUAGCUUCCAUUUUAGAAUAGCAAGUUAAUUAGGCUAUAAUUAGGCCUACACUCUUAGAAAAAAAAGGUUCUGGAUAGAAUCAAAAAGGGUUCUAUACUUGCUUCAUAUAUGGCAAACCUAAAGGUUGGUAGAACCCCAAUUUUGGUUCAGUGAAGAAGAACCUCCUGGGGUUCUAAUCAAAUAACCCUACAAAAUGAUUCUAUAUAGACCCUUUAGGGGUGUCAUAAAUGAAGCAAGCAAUAUAACCCUUUUUGGUUCUAUCCAGAACCUUUUUUCUAAGAGUGUAGGCUAUAUAUUAGUCAAGUAGGCUAUUAUCAAUUCAUUAUUAUUAUAUUAUUUGGUGCAUGAAUGAAAGUUUAGGCCUAUCCCUGAUAUCGAAUGUUUUAUAACGACUUCUAUGCCUAUCAUAUUUUUAUAUUUUCAUUGGUGUAACUAAAAUAAAUACAUUGUUGAUUACACCCUCUGACUGCACAUAUACAACUAGUAUGGAAACAUUUUGAGUUCCUUAAAGUAACUUAAUGCAUUAGACAUAGAUAAAAUAGCUAAAGUACAGUCAAAGGUGCAGUCUCUAAAGUACAGUCAAAAGUGCCUUCUCCUUGUGUAUUGAAUGUAUAAAUGUAAUAUGCUAUCACAUAUGCCUAGAAUAUACCUCAUUUCGAAAAGAAUGGUGAAUAAUCAUUAAAACAUUUUUUUUUUUAAAUAACCAAUAUACAAUAACAUAUUUCAUGACAGGUGCUCAAUUAAGCCUAAGAAAAAUCUGGGCUAUUUUAUGCCCAAGCACCUCUCUGAAGUGUAAUGUAAGUGAUUGGUGUGUUGCCUAUCUGUUUCCCGAAGAUAUUCUCGACGACCUCGGAGAGAGCAGGGAAUGCGUCAACUGCGGCUCCAUCUCCACGCCGCUUUGGAGACGCGAUGGCACGGGCCACUUUCUCUGCAACGCUUGCGGCCUGUACAGCAAAAUGAAUGGACUCAGCCGGCCAUUAAUUAAACCACAGAAGCGGAUGGUAAGCAGAACACGCUCAGGGGACUACUUAACCACUCAAUUUCCUGUCUAUUUAUUUAAAGCAAUGGCUUAAAGUUAUCACCUAAGAUCUCUAUACUCCUUAUGCUGAUUUUUUGGACAAACAAUUCGCUUAAACGGUAGACCAUUUUAUUGCACCCUCCGUUUGGCCAGCGUUCAUAUAUUAACAAGGUCAUUCUGGCUUUCAUAUAGGCAAUUUAGACAUGGUCAACAAGUGUAAAGAGGCUACGUGAGGAAAUAAAUUACUUUUCAGACACACAUUCUCCUGGCGCCAUUACGCACUUAUUACCCACACUAACAAACGACUGAUGCCUUUUUUCCACGAACUCCCUGACAAUGAAAUUCAUGGUAUUAAGCUGAACAUAACUGUCAGUUAAAUGGAUGACAUGAAUACGACCAAUAUUAUUGUUAGGAAAUUAGUGCAGAUAACAGAAAUAGUCAUAAGAGAGGAGAAUCCAUGCCCUUCAUAUCCAAUGAUGAAUUAAAGUGCUUGGAUCACAGCCAAAGAUUCCAUUAGUCAGGUAGCCUAGCCUCAGACUUCUCUCUAUUUCACGUUUACAGCACGCGCUCACCUUUGCUUAAUCGUAGCUUCAUAUCUUUAUGUUCCAGGGUGUUUAUCGUUGUUUGUAUAUUGCCUUUUUCCCAGUCAUCAUCCCGGCGAAUCGGCCUCUCCUGCGCCAACUGUCAGACGAGCACAACCACCUUGUGGCGCAGAAACGCAGAGGGAGAACCGGUCUGCAACGCAUGUGGGCUCUACACAAAACUACAUGGAGUAAGACACAAUCUUUACAUUAUGUCAUAACUUACCCCUUUUUAUUAACUUAAUGUUCGACGACAUAUGCAGACAAUAUUGUAACUGGCACGUGCCUAAUUACCGUGCGAAAUUGUCCAAUGAAUAUGGAGAGCAAUAUUAAACAUGAUCAGUUUAUUCAGUGUGCCUAAUAAAUUAUAUUUAUUAUUAAUAACGUUUAUAUUUAAAGAACAAUUGACAUGUUUUCAUACAUUGACAAAACGUGUAACCAAAAAACAUGACAGAAAACGCCGUCCAACGAUAUCAUGACAGACUAAUGUAGUCGUUAUUUUUGCAGGUACCUCGGCCGCUCGCCAUGAAGAAAGAGGGAAUUCAGACGAGGAAAAGAAAACCUAAAACUUUGAACAAAACCAAGGGAUCCUCUGGUAAGCAAUGGCUAUUUUAACACCUCAUGCACAGGACUCUCUCUCUCUCUCUCUCUCUGUUGUAGAAUUGAAAUACUUCGCUUUUAUGGUUAAUAUAUAUUUUUUAAUCAUUUUACCACAGGAAAUAGUAAUUCAGUCGCCAUGACUCCGACGUCGACAUCUUCUUCCAACUCUGAAGACUGCUCGAAGAACAGCUCUCCAAACACGCAGGUGCCAGGGUUAAUAAGAUCGAUCCAUAUUUUGAUUUAGCAUAUUCGAUUUGAAAACUAAUAUUCAGGUGUUAUACAAACUGACUCAAGGUCGUUUACAAGUGAGAUUCUACUGUUGUCCCCUGCUCGGAUAUGUCUUGUGUAACAAAUUAUGCACGGCUAAAUUAUUCCCACAAAUUUCAGUUAGCGUCAAAUAUAGGUCCACGGUUUUGGUAGAAUAGACCCACAUUUACUUUCAAACGAAAAAAUAUCUAAAAUAUGAUUUCACCGUUUUAUUUAUUGCUCUAAUUGGUAUUAUUUUGAAUGAAUAUUGUUGACAAAUGUAGGAGCAGGCAGGCUAAUAAUACACCUUCAUCUGAUAUCUUCGUGAUAGCAAUAAUAUUGGCCUGAUAAUAUUGGAUUCAAAAGUAUUGAGUCAUACAGUAUGUGGGAUGUAGCCUAUUGUAUCUGGUGUCUUCGGAGGUAUUUAAAGGCUGUCUCUACUGGGUUCUGGGAAAUGGUCUGCAUUUUUCAGAGAUGAUGCUCUUCGGAAUUGUGUCCUAAAACAUAGUUUCUGAUUUGUUCCAAAUAAAACAAUAUUAUAGGCCUACUUAAAGUACAUUUUAUUAAAGACAUUUGUCUGUUCAUAUCAUUUGAUAAAUGGGCCGGUCUGCUAUAAUAAUGUGAAGAUUCACUGCAAAUACGCCUAUACACUGAGUGUACAAAACAUUAUGAACAUCUGCUCUUUCCAUGACAUAGACUGACCAGGUGAAAGCUGAUGUCACUUGUUAAAUCCAAUUCAAUCAGUGUAGAUGAAGGGGAUAAGACAGGUUAAAUAAUGAUUUUUGAAGCCUUGAGACAAUUGAGACAUGAAUUGUGUAUGUGUGCUAUUCAGAGGGUAAAUGGGCAAGACAAAUUAUUUAAGUGCCUUUGAAUGGGGUAUGGUAGUAGGCGCUGGGCGCACCGGUUUGUGUCAAGAACUGCAACACUGCUGGGUUUUUCCAUGGUCAACAGUUUACUGUGUGUAUCAACAAUGGUCCACCACCCAUUGAGGCUGUUCUGAGGGCAAAACUCAAUAUUAGGAAGGUGUUCUUAAUGUUUUGUACACUCAGUGUAUAUCCAUCUUAGCAGUUACAAAUGCAGAUGUAUCAUUGAUAGGCUUCUGGAAGCCCUGGCUGUGACUAUAGAAAACCCAUGGAUAAUAGUAGGGUCGUUCCACCGAUUCAGUGCCUUUUAAGAAAUGUAACUUGGUCAAAAAAAGUUUGAUUUCACCUAAUUGUAACAUUCUGUCAUAAAGAGCACAUGUUCAACUUAAUAAAACAUACAUUUUCCCAUCUCAAGAGGUAAUGUAAAAAAAAGACUAUGGUAAGUGAAUAUUAAGUGCCAAAUAAAGUAACAGGGUUGACGUAACAUGGUUGAUGAUUUCAUCUUAAAUCAGCCAUAUAUCACCUUGUGACAGGAGGAAUGGAAGCUUGUUGUGUGAAACAAGGAGCGGCAAUUGAAUGCAAGCUUAAAAAUUAAAAUUGCUAAAACAUUUCUAGCUUUUCUAUCUAUGGGUAAGAGGGUUGACGUGUUAUGCUCGACCCGCUCAGUUUUCUACCACAAAACACCAGAACAUUUCCAAAAAGAGUAAAAUCAGCUCACUGGCUUUUACCCUAUUGACUAUUAGAUAUUCAAUGUUUCUUAUUCAAAUUUUUUAAGACUAGUUUCACCAUAUUUUAAAACGAGUGUUCAGUUCACGUAACAGGGUUCACGUAAUUUAUUGAAUUAUACAUGUGGUCUAUAUUUAAGGGUACUUCAUGUAAUAUACCAUGGUUUUAAAAUGCAAUAUUGGUGCACAAUUUCUAAUUAAAAUAUCAAAGGGACACAAAAGGCACUUAUUUUGUGGAAAGAUACAGUCAUUUGUUUUGAAUCUGUGACUAACAUUUCUCUGUCCUAUUCCAGGUCCAGUCCUCUGUCCUGAGUGGCCCAGUGGAGGGCUCAGGCGGCUCUGCCAUCGUGAAGUACCCAGGCCAGGAUGGUCUCUACACAAGUGUGGGCCUCACCCAGUCUUCAGAUAUAGCCGGCUCCGUCAGGGGAGAGCCCUGGUGCCCCAUGGCUCUUGCCUGA